CGCUAGAGGGCGCUGUUCCUGAGGGUAAACUUUUAUAUUCAGGCAAGAUGGCGGCGCCCUGUGAUCCCCGUGCUGGACUGAAGACGCGAAAACAGCAUUAAAUGAAAGAUAAAAUAAGUUUCGGCCUCAAGUAAAUGCAGAUGAGCCAUGGCAGCUGCAGCAAAACCAUCUAAAAAAGAGCUCAAAAAGCAAAUUCAAAGUAAGACCUCCUUCACAUCACCCUUCAGUGUGAAAUGGAGCCCACUUCCACAAAAAGACAUGGAUUUCAUCCUGACAACUUUAAAAGACAAAAUAAUUGCCACGGGUCUGGAGAAGAAAGAGGCGAAAGUGCCUCGCCAGUGGAGGAAAAAGAAAGGGAAUAAACCAGAUGCUUCUGGAGAACCUGCUCCUCAGGUGAGUCAGGAAGAUCAGGGGCCUGAUCCCACUAGAAACGGAUGGACAGACGCGGCAGCCCGACGGCAGCUGGCCAUCGGCAUCAACGAGGUCACAAAGGGGCUGGAGAGGAACCAGCUCGAGCUGCUGCUUGUUUGUAAGACCGUCAGACCGCAGCACAUGACGAACCACCUGAUCGCUCUGAGCGCAACGAGAGGCGUGCCGGCCUGCCAGGUGCCCCGCCUGAGCGAGAGCGUGGCGGAGCACCUGGGGCUCAAAAGCGUCCUUGCUCUGGGCUUUAGACGGUGUUCUUCCACAGAAAAGGAGAUGUUCAGAGACACGGUUGAUGCCAUUAAACCCAGAGUACCUUCACUGGACGUUGACUGGCUAAACAGUGAAGCAGCUAGAGAGACAUCUGAGCUCAUGGCCGACCCAGAAGAGGUGGAGGAGGAGCGAGAGGAGGAAAUGGAAGAGGAGAAAGAGGAGGCGAGUGGGAAGAGAGCACAAAAACGGAAACUGGAGAUUGAAUCUGAGAUCACGGAGUCGCCCUUAGCGUGCAGUCUACAGCCUCUGAAAGUAAAGAGGAUCGUUCCAAAUCCUGCUAAGAAAAGAAAAACAAAACCGAAGAAACAGACGGGCAAAUAAGACGUUAUGCAUCCCAGUGGAUCCCACCAUUUUCUUUCUUUUUAACUGUUUUGUUUGCAUAUUGUUAUUUUUUUUUUUGCAAAUUUUUGGAACAUUGACAGUCAUCAAAACAACUUAACCAAUCCCGGUAAACAUGAAGCGUCCCUUUAAAUGUACUGACCCUUCACCAUUUUGUGAUAAAACACAAAAAUACAUAAAAUAGUUUUUAGUUACAGCUGUACCGUUUCUUUUUCACAACACUUGUUUAUAACACUUAAAAGUUGUUCUGUUGCCUGAUCUAAUAAAAAAAAUAGUUGCGUUUAAGCUAA